GUGUCAGCGGGGAGUCAUGAAGAGGAGUGGCACACCAGUGUGGGACAGAAGGAGCUACAGGCCCCCUCCCACAUUAAAGAGGAGCAGCUUCAUGAUGAAGAUGAAGCUCAGUCCUUACAGCUUCAUCACAGUCAAAGUGAGGAGAACAGAGGGGCGGAGCUUGUAAGUCAACACAUCACAGAAGCUGAUGGAGAGCAUUGUGAAGAUAUAAAGUCAGAACCAGACAGCAUCUUUGCUCCACUGUCAGACAUGGACCACAUGAUGUCACACUCUUCUGAUCACAGUGACCACAUCCAAAAACCUUUGGAGAGUCAAAAUGACUCUAAAGGUGAUACGAGACAUCACACUAACAACAAACACUUUGACUGCUCUCAAUGUGGGAAAUCAUUUAGACACAAGAGUCAUUUUACAAGACACAUGAGAAUACAUACUGGAGAGAAACCUUUUUCUUGCUCUGUUUGUAAGAAGAGUUUCUCCAGAAAGCAAGUCAUGACCACACACAUGAGAACACACACUGGUGAGAAACCUUUUACUUGCUCUGUUUGUGGUAAAAGAUUCCACACUAAGACAGACAUGACCACACACAUGAGAAUACACACUGGAGAGAAACCUUUUAGUUGCUCUGUAUGUAAGAAGCGUUUCUCCAGAAAGCAAGUCAUGACCACACACAUGAGAACACACACUGGUGAGAAACCUUUUAUUUGCUCUGUUUGUGCUAAAAGAUUCAGCACUAAGAAAGACAUGACCACACACAUGAGAAUUUACACUGGUGAGAAACCUUUUACUUGCUCUGUUUGUAAGAAGAGUUUCUUCAUAAAGCAAAGCAUGACCAGACACAUGAGAACACACACUGGAGAGAAACCUUGUGUUGCUCCGCGUGUGAUAAAAUGUUCAGGUUUAGUUAUCAGGUCAGUAGACACAAGUGUGUAACAGUCAUGGAAGCUGCAGGGAUUUAAAAACACUUAAAGGCCUACUGAAAUGAUAUUUUCUUAUUUAAACGGGGAUAGCAGAUCCAUUCUAUGUGUCAUACUUGAUCAUUUCGCGAUAUUGCCAUAUUUUUGCUGAAAGGAUUUAGUAGAGAACAUCGACGAUAAAGUUUGCAACUUUUGGUCGCUGAUAAAAAAAGCCUUGCCUGUACCGGAAGUAGCGUGACGUCGCAGGUUGAAGGGCUACUCACAAUUCCCCAUUGUUUACACCAGCAGCGAGAGCGAUUCGGACCGAGAAAGCGACUUUUCGCUCUGACCGUAACUUAGGUACAAGCUGGCUCAUUGGAUUCCACACUUUCUCCUUUUUCUAUUGUGGAUCACGGAUUUGUAUUUUAA